CACUGUUUGGUGAAGCCGCAGCCCUCGUUUCGUUUACAUAUGUGCCUGCACAUUGUGAUAAUGACACUAAAAUUGAAUUGAAUUGAAUAUGUACUCUUCCCCUGUUGAGUGUUCACAUGUAAUUUGCACAUGUGAUUUUUUCAUAAGGGGAGAGAGGGAAAAUGCUGAAGUGAUGUUUUAGAAGGAGCCUGUGUGCAAUACUUAUGCUUAAUAAGACAUCUUGUUGGAGACCUAGAGAGGGAAUUCCUUAAGACUUGUAUGUCUAACAUCUGAAGGGAUGGGAGAAAUUCUGUAUCCAAAAGAAGAGGCUCAUCCUAUUUGAUGCAAGUGGGAGUAAGAGGGAAUGUGAGGAUGUUGGAGCUUGAAGAAAUAAAUUCAGAUUUUAUAAAGUUCCAUUUUAAGACACGUGUGCAUUAUGCAUUUGUAAAAAGUGUAACUACCCAAAUACAUUAGUCAAGUGUGAACUUGUAAAACCGAAGGCUAGUGAAGGAUGAGAGCAGCCCAUGAUCACUGUUGACCUCACAAGCUUAAAUCAAUGAGAAAAUGCCCAAGCUUUGGAAACUGUAAGUCACCCUGGAUAUCCUCAACAUCUGCUAACAGAACAUUAAAUAAGACUGGUAUUCAAAAUAUUUCUCAGAAAACGAACCGAUUGCAUGUGAUUUACAUAGCCAACUUGAGAAUUAUCAGGGGAAUCACAGACAUACACAGAAAUACACUGCAUGGCCAAAAGUAUGUGGACACCCCUUCUUAUUAGGGGGUUUGGCUGCUUCAGCCGCAUCCAUUGCUAACAGGUGUGAUUGUUCAAGUGUUCACAUACUUUGGGGCGUGUAGUGUAUAUUCACUUCCCUCAAUGAUUACAGUUGAAGCAGUUGAAGCACUAGACUAGGUUUCCUUUGUUCCAUCAUACAAGAGUGACUCCUCUGGGUGACAAAGAGUCUGAGUCUGCAAUCUUCUAGCCUGUGCAUUAAAUUAAAUCUGUACUCCUGUGAUUCAGUGACUGUGCUGCUCAUUUGCUGGAGUAAUGAAUGGAUCGGGAAAUGAAUGAAUGAAUGAAUCUGGUGGAUGGCAGCAUAUGCUUUGCAAGACACGCUGGAUAGUCUGUGUUUUGCUGAACUAACUGAGGCUACCACAGACGUCUGUAUGUUUGGCCAUGAGAAAAAAUAAGAAGCAUAAGAAUUGGUUCAGAAACUAACUUUAAAAGGUGCUCCUAACUGGAUAUCAUGUAAACACUGCUUACCCCUUUUAGGAAAUGUUUCUUGAUGUUUGACCAAGAACAAUAAAGUCCUGUAUGAUGUUUCAGGAUCCCCCCCCCCACUCCCCAAUGUGGGAGUGAAGCGUAUCCAAUCAUGGGAAAAGAGUGCCCUGGCCUUGCCCUGGGACUGCCACUGGCCACACUAAUAACAGCCCUGUCCACAUCCAUAACACACUCCUACCCGCCGGGUCAGAGCGCGAGCAUACUUCUGCCUUGGGGUGAGAGCAGCUGGCAGUCCUCCAGGACGCUAUCUGCCAUUUCCUUUGGGGGGGAGGGGGUAUGAACCGAAGGAGCUGCUCUGAUUGGAUAAACUCUGCUCACUGUGUCAUAAUAAGGCCUGAGCUGCAGUAAUACGUCUAAUCCUGUAUUGCUUUACUGAGAAGGAGACGGCCACUCGCUGCAGGCUGCUGGCACUGGGCACAGCUGCUUGUCCCCUCAUAGAGGACUGCUGUGGAACUGCUGACCUGCCGUCCCUUACUCUCUCCCCCCCAAUGGCGUGACACCAUGAACUCAGCGCAUGUCUGGAUUGUGCUCACCUCGGUCUUCUCCACCCUCCUCUUCCUCAUCAUUUUGGCGUUGCUCUGCUUCUUUACCUGCCGACUGGCGUCGAAAGUCAAGCCACUGGGCACGCCCAUGCACUUCUGAGCAUGCUGCAACCCCACCUGCUUCCUCUGACACCGGUGGGCGCAUUGACCAUGGUCACCAUGAGGGCAAGGCUAAGCAGGCCCUGUAUGAGGUGGUGGAGAUGGACAGAGCCAUCCAGCAGGGAGGACUGAUGACCAGCUUGCAUGACACCCUGACUGUGGUGACUGCAGAUCAUUCACAUGUCUUCAGCUUUGGAGGAUACACACCAUGUGGAAACUCCAUAUUUGACCAAAAUAACUACCAGGCCCAGGCAGCAGUGCCCCUGCGUUAUGAGACGCACGGCGGGGAGGACGUGGCGGUGUUCGCUAGGGGCCCCAUGGCCUACCUGCUGCAUGGAGUGCAGGAGCAGAACUACAUUCCCCACGUCAUGGCCUACGCAGCCUGCAUUGGGCAGAACUGAAACCACUGCCCAGCUGCCCUCAGCCAGGCACCUGCCCCGGCCCUGCCCCUCCUCCUGGCCUUCCUCAUCCAAAUUGGCCUCCUUUGCUGACCCUGGCCCCAUCCAGCUCUGCCAGCCAUCUGUGCUCACCCCACCCCCAACAGGACCAUGACAACUCCACCCCACAAUUCUGCUAAUUCCACCUUCAAUGUGCCCCUCCUCCCACAACUCACCCCCCCCCCUGCUGACCCAUCUCCUCUUCCAGACCCACCUGUCUGUAUGCACACAUCCAUUGUACUUUCAUACUUCAGAUUUUUGCUACACUAAAUAUAAUAUUGAUAAUAACAAAAUUCUGUUCGUAUACAAUGUAUGAAAUCAUCAUUAUGAAUUGAUAAGCAUGAGAUUUCUCAUUUAGUAUAGCACAAAUGAGAAAUACACUUUAGUGUUUAUAUUAUAUACAUUAUGUUUAUAUCCUGUAGUGUUUUAAUGGGGAAAGGAUAAACAUUACACAGAAAUAUGGUGAUUCAGUGUGACCAGAAAUUUAAUUCUCAAAAAUGUUGGCAUGUGGCUCUUGUGAACAAAAUGGAUUUAACAAAAAAAGUAACUUGUUGGGGGGCUGCUGGGUCACUCAAUUGUGUGCUGCAAGUAGACCUUUUUCAAGUGAGCACCAAGGUUCUUGAUCAAAUCUGACCUGAGCCAGUGCAUUGCAUCACUCAGGGAUAUAGUCAGUAGGGAUAGAGCAGUGUUCAGGGAUACAGGCAGGGUACAGUCAGUAGGGAUAUAGCAGUGUUCAGGGAUGUGGGAGGGGUAUAGUCAGUAGGGAUAUAGCAGUGUUCAGGGGUACAGUCAGUAAGGAUACAGCAGUGUUCAGAGAUACAGUCAGUAUGGAUACAGCAGUGUUCAGGGAUGUGGGAGGGGUACAGUCAGUAGGGAUAUAGCAGUGUUCAGGGAUAUGGGAGGGGUAUAGUCAAUAGGGAUACAGCAGUGCUCAGGGAUACAGUCAGUAGGGAUAUAGAAGUGUUCAGGGAUAUGGGAGGGAUACAAUCAGUAGGGAUACAGCAGUGUUCAGGGAUGUGGGAGGGGUACAGUCAGUAGGGAUAUAGCAGUGUUCAGGGAUAUGGGAGGGGUAUAGUCAAUAGGGAUACAGCAGUGCUCAGGGAUACAGUCAGUAGGGAUAUAGCAGUGUUCAGGGAUAUGGGAGGGGUCGGUCAAUAGGGCUAUAGCAGUGUUCAGGGAUGUGGGAGGGAUGCAGGCAGUAGGGAUACAGCAGUGUUCAGGGAUACAGUCAGUAGGGAUAUAGCAGUGUUCAGGGAUACAGUCAGUAGGGAUAUAGCAGUGUUCAGGGAUAGUCAAUAGGGAUAUAGCAGUGUUCAGGGAUAUGGAAGGGAUGCAGUCAGUAGGGAUAUAGCAGUGUUCAGGGAUGUGGGAGGGAUGCAGUCAGUAGGGAGGCAGCAAUGUUCAGGGAUAUGGGAGGGAUACAGUCAAUAGGGAUAUAACAGUGUUCAGGGAUGUGGGAGGGAUACAGUCAGUAGGGAUAUAGCAGUGUUCAGGGAUGUGGGAGGGAUACAGUAGGUAGGGAUAUAUAGCAUUGCUCAUUGCUCCAGUGACUCCAGCUGGCUGUCUCGGCACCUGUGGUUGGCAUUCUGUACACGUGUAUGAAUGGGUCUCCUCCACCACUGCUCUACAUGAGCAUGGCUGGCAGCUGGCAGACGUGUGUUUUGGAGGAGAACUAGGGUGUGCCUUCACGCUGCCAAGCCAGCAGCAGGGCCUGUAUAUGAGCACACUUGCACAUAGUCCACAAAUUGGACAUUCCAAAUUCAGGUGAUCGAGAUGUCAAAUUCUAUAAAAAAGCCUUUCUAAAGGGAAGUGAGGCCAUAGAGGUUGCACCUCUCCCCACCCCUCCCGACCUCCCUGUAGUCUCUAAUUGGUUAUGUAAGCUUAGGUAUAUAGCUAGGUAAGCUGUUUAUUUUAUUUUAGUUAUUGCACUUGUGCCUACUUGUUUAAUAAUUGCCUGGAUUAUUUGCAUAGACUGUUUUUGCUGCUGCUUUUGUUUGUGUUCAGAUUAACCUACAGGGAGUUAUACUACGCGGUCGCUCCCUGCGCUUGGAUCUGUACUUCCCUCUAGGGUUUUCAACACACUUGUCCCUGGAUACGGUUAUACACUUUGUUGUACGUCACUCUGGAUAAGAGCGUCUGCCAAAUGCCUGUAAUGUAAUAGUCUAAACAGGAAAAACAAAUAAUUUUUACAGAAUCAAUGAAAUCCAAAGGAAAAGCUCUAUGAUUAUUAUGGUGAAAAAUGUCAUUUUAAAUAUUUUUUAAAAAUAUUGAGUUAUUGAGGAGGCAAAUCUCAGUGGGUUCCCUCGGUUUUUAAUCCACAGCUGUGUAUUAACAUAAUUUUCCAAAGCACCAUACUAGCAAGGGAUCUGCUGCGUAUGAAGUUGUGGAUUACAGCGUGCAAAUUGGAGUACUGUAUCAGAGCACUCAUUUAGUCAGCAAAAUGGUAAGCAUUGUUGGGCUGAAUGGCCCAUCAUUAUGUUAUGAAGAAUGUCUGUUGUGCACGACAGUUUUUUUUCUCUAGUUGAUCCCUAGCAAGACUCCUGCAAGUCCCUAACCCUAACCCAAAAUUCAGUGUUCAGUGUUUUCCCCUCCUGAGUGGAAUUCAGAGAUUUAAAGACUGAGGAACCUGUUCUGUGGUAGACACAGCAAAAGCGGAGAAUAUAAAAGUUUUAAUAUUUCACAUGGGGCAAAUUUAAAAUUGUGAAGCAACUAUGAUUGUGAGUAUUACAAUGCUGAGCCCAUUAUAAACAAUACACUACUUUAAAACAACUUUAAAAAGAUAAAUAUGCUUGCUAAACAUUCUUAUAAAUAAACCAAAAUAAAAAAUAAA